AUGAUGAAAGCUCUUACUUACCUCAAGCCUGGUCUCAUUAAGUGGCAAUCAGUGGCCAAGCCAAAGCUUUUGAAACCUACUGAUGUUGUUGGAAAGUUGCUUGCUACAACUAUCUGUGGCUCGGAUCUUCAUAUUAUCAAGGGUGACUGUCCAGAGACCACUGAAAUUGCCGAAAAAGCUGAAAAUAAGGGAAGAGGUAUUAUUUUAGGCCACGAGGGAAUUAUCAAGGUGGAGCAGACAGGUUCCGAUGUCACCAAGUUCAAGCCAGGUGAUGUUUGCAUUGUUUCCUGCAUCACUUCAUGUGGAAAAUGCUAUUACUGCAAGAACAACCUUCAGGCACACUGCUCAAACUCAGAGGGUACCUCUGGAUGGAUUCUCGGUCAUGAGAUUGACGGAACUCAAGCUCAAUAUAUGAGAGUGCCAUUUGCCGACUACUCAUUAUACAAGGCUCCUGCCAACCUGUCAUACGACUCGUUGUUAAUGUUGAGUGAUAUUUUGCCAACAUCUUAUGAGGUCGGAGUUUUAAAUGGACAGGUGAAAGAAGGUGAUUCCGUCGCAGUUGUUGGUCUUGGACCUGUUGGAUUAUCUGCAUUGUUGGGUGCAAAGGCUCUUAAGCCAAAGGAAAUUAUUGCAAUUGAUAUGGAUGAUGCAAGAUUGGAGGUUGCAAAGAAACUUGGUGCCACAAAGACCAUCAAUCCUUCUAAGCAGAAUGCUAUCGAGACUGUCAGACAGCUCACAACUACUUCAGACAGAGAGCCUGGUGUUGAUGUUGCAAUUGAGUGUGUCGGUGUGCCAGCUACUUUUGAGAUGUGCGAGGAUUUGAUUGGCCCAGGUGGUGCAGUCGCUAACGUCGGUGUUCAUGGAAAGCCAGUCUCUUUGAAAUUGCAGGACUUAUGGAUCAAGAAUGUGAGAAUUACCACCGGAUUGGUUUCUGCUUACUCAACUGAAGAGUUGCUCCAUAAGGUGAUCAAGGGUGAUUUAGAUCCUUCAUCUUUGGUUACUCACCACUUCAAGAUGAGCGAGUUCGAGAAGGCCUAUGAUGUUUUCAAGAAUGCAGCCAAGAACAACGCUAUAAAAAUUGUUCUUAAUAACGAUGAAGCUUGA